UUUAAAACAUUAGUCACAAGUAUGAUGAUGAAGCAAUUGAACUAUAAAUGCGUAGGUCUGAGAAUCACCUGAUCCUAUAACCCCUCUCCCAAUUAUCAGUCAGCUAACUACAAUGACGACUUGUGAUACCAAAUUGAGCAUGAAGCUUUUGAUCGAUACCAAGGUUGGCAAAGUACUAUUUGCAGAGGCUGAAAAGGAUUGUGCUGAUUUCCUCUUUCACAUUCUCUCGUUGCCUGUGGGUACUGUCAUUAGGCUUCUCAAGGAAACAGGAAUGAAUGGGUGCUUGCCUAACCUAUACGAUAGUGUGGAGAAUCUGGAUAAAACCUAUAUUCAGUCAAACCAAGGCAAAGAUAUACUUUUGAAACCCAACUCUUCAGUCGGAAUACCUUCAGUUCCUUUUCUAUUGCUUAAUGACGUUCCGACCACAGAGAAGACUUUUUAUGGCUGUUCCACUAACAGUGGCCACUACGGUUAUGUUUCUGAUGACCCUAGUGCAAGAUGCCCAAUCUGUCAAAAUCUUAUGUUAGAAAGUUUGAUGAUAUUGCUCCACCGCCAGUGGAUGGAGCUGCUGGGGCAGCUACAAGGGGUUUUGUGAAGGAGAUGGUGACAUACAUGGUGAUGGAUGACUUGGUCGUUAAGCCUAUGUCCACCAUCUCUAGCAUUUCACUUCUUCUCAACACGAUUAAUGUCAAGGAUGUUGGUGUCCUGCGUGAGGAAGUGGUAGAUUUUGGAAUGGAAGAGGCAAUGAAGUUGUUGAAAGUGUCUUUCGAGUCGAAAGCUGUUCUGACCAGUGUUUUCAUGAGCCGUAUAAAAGUGGAGAAAUAGUUAUAUUAGACAUAAUGGAAUUGGAUGUUUCAGUUUAGUAAAUUCCCCUUUAAUGGCUUUCUUUUGUUUCAUUUCCCGCUAUCGUUGAUUAUGCUUUGUAGGUUCUGUUGUAUAUGAUCCAUUGCAAAAUCUUACUUUGUCUGUUUUCAGA